CGCAUAAAAUGUUGGUGAGGAGCAAUUUGUACCUAAGAAUUACUGAAAAUUACAAUGUGAUAUCCGCAAACAACUUUUAUCUCAUACCGCCGCUGAAGGACAGAGAGCUGGAAGAACUGCCUCUUGGAAGCUUAGAUUGGUUCUUGUGUUUCUACCCGUCUCAUUCUUUGAAUGCUCAUUGGCAAUUAAAAAGUGCCAAUCAAGGAGGAGCCUACUGAAAAAAGGGGAGCAGGGCAGUGCUAACAAAGGGCAGCAGGAACUAAAAUUCGUCUGAGUGGGAUUGAAGACCUGGUGUGAUACGUGUUCUUUGUGAGGCAUUAUUUCUGAGAGCAGAAAAAUACACUUUCUGAAUACGUCUGUCUCUUUUCUUCAUUCUUCCUAGUCAGUCUGUACCUUUGCACACACAAAGACCAGACUCUGAACCUACCUUUCCGACCGAUAUUUGUACAGAAAUUAAAAACAACUCUCCAAAUGAAGUGUGAAAAUUGCACAAAGAAGGAAUGUAUUAAAAAAACAAACAUUGAUGACCAACAAAGUGUAUCUGUUGAUACACCAAACUUUAACAGUGAACACGAAGAGAAAAGUGAGUUCCACAAGUUGGCUGAUGCUAAAAUAUUUCUCAGUGAUUGCCUGGCCUAUGACAGUUGUGUUACAGUGGAGGAAGGAAUAAAAGUUUUCCAGCAGAAUCAGAAGGAGUUUUUUCGUAUACUGAACCUUAAUAAGAAAUGUGAUACUUCAGCCCACAAAGUGUUGGCAGUGUCUAUAUGCCCUCAGUCUUUGCCUUAUUUUGCUGCCAAGUUCAAUCUCAGUGUAACCGCUGCAUCAAAAAGACUCUGUGGUUUCCUAAAAAGUCUUGGUGUACAUUAUGUAUUUGAUUCAACAAUAGCUGUUGAUUUCAGUAUCCUGGAAAGUCAGAAAGAAUUUAUACAUCGAUAUCGCCAGCAGAAGCAAGAAGAACAUUCCUUACCUAUGCUUGCCUCUGCCUGUCCAGGUUGGAUCCAGUAUGCAGAAAGAGUGCUGGGUAACCCAAUUACACCACAUAUAUGUACUGCAAAAUCCCCCCAGCAGAUCAUGGGAUCACUGGUGAAGGAUUACUUUGCCAGACAGCAGAACUUGUCUCCAGAUAAAAUUUUCCAUAUCAUUGUGGCCCCUUGUUAUGACAAGAAGCUGGAAGCCCUUAGAGAAGAUUUUUACACUGCUUCAUAUAAUUCCCAUGAUGUUGAUUGUGUAUUAACAUCAGGUGAAAUUAUCCAGAUAAUGGAACAGAAAAAAGAAUUCACAAAAGAAGCUAUAGUAGACACUCUGUUUGGUGAGAUAAAAGAAGGAGACACAGUGAGUGAUAGUGUGACCAGGUCAGAUGGCUACUUGGAGCACAUCUUUAAAUAUGCAGCCAAAGAACUGUUUGACUUGGAUAUCAAGGAAAUCACUUACAGAACAUUGAAAAACAAGGAUUUCCAGGAGAUCACUCUGGAAAAAAAUGGGGAGAUAGUGCUACGGUUUGCUGCUGCUUAUGGCUUUCGAAAUAUCCAGAACAUGGUCCUGAAACUUAAAAAGGGCAAGUUCCCAUAUCACUUUGUAGAGGUCCUGGCCUGUCCUGGAGGAUGCUUAAAUGGCAAAGGUCAAACUCAGACUGAAGAUGGAAAACCAGACAAAGCACUGCUGAGACGAAUGGAAGAAGUGUAUGCUGAGAUCCCUGUGCAGCUUCCAGAAACUAACACAUAUGUACAGAGACUAUACCAAGAGUGGCUAGAUGGUACAGACUCCCCAAAGGUCCUGGAAGCCCUACACACCACUUACAGUACUGCUGAACCCCCCACAGAUAACAUGGAUAUCAAGUGGUGACAACAAAGUUGGUAAAAGGACUUACAUGUGUAAAUGACACUGGAAAUAUUCUAUGCAAUCAGGAACACAUUCUUUGGACUUUAAUUAUGAAGAAGUUGGGUUUUUUCCCCUUAAAUUCCAAAUACUUUUUUUCUUGAAAAGCCUAUUGUCUCUUAGGUCUUCUGUUUUCUCAUUUAGCUUGGUGCUGUCCUCAUAAUUGGUAUUUGAACAGUACCUUUUGUCAAGGAAGAAUGAUUUCUCUGAAUUUAAAAAAUAUUCCUUGACCUAAGGAUUAUUUUAAAGAUCCAAGACAUAAAGACAGUCAAUGGUGCUCCCUUAGCCAAGACCAAAAUUUUAAAAAACAAUUUAAAUUUAAAACUUAUAAUAAAGAGAAAUGAUUGAAAAAGCUUCAUGUAAUUAUUCCUUGCAAAAUGUAUUCAGGAACCCAAAGAUCAGUAGUUUAAUGCAAUGCCAGGAGUAAAAGGGUUUGUUUACUAUCAAACGGAAUAGAUUUUCAGAUCGAAACAUGCAUCAUAAACCAUUUCAAGGCCAGGAAUUCUUCUCUCAUUGGAAGAAGAGGCAGGAGAGGGAGCAGGAUGUGAGUACAGGGGCCCAAAGCCUCUCUGAAGAAUCAAGGGCCAGAGCAAGUAAAGAGGUAGAGGAGCCACCAUGAGGGCCUGUGGGGAUAAGGCCCAGGGUAUAAGGGAUGAGGUAGUGUGAAUCUUCUGAGGUCGUUGUAUGUAUGUAUUAAAAAAGGGAAAAGGUACAGCUUUGGGAGAAGGCAUCACUGGUCAAACAGAAAAGGAAGAGGGAUACCUGAGCCAAGAACCCAUGGUAAAAAUUUUUUUUUGAGUGGGACAGGUAGUAGGGGAGGAAUUGUCAUAAAUAGGCAUGUGAGGUUUGGGGAUGUUCAGGCUCCUGGGUGACAUAGAGCAGGAACAUGAAGACAUCCAGAAGAAGGCAAAGCCACACAGGCCGGAAGAGAGUCCAAGGGAUUAGGACCCUCCCACCACAUUUCACAGCCUCCCUUGUGGUACAUAGACCCUGUGUGGUGCCCUGGAGGAGGUCCAAGGAAAAGCACAAUACCAAUGAAUAAUUUACCAAACCAGUUAGCAGAGUCAGCAUUGCAUUUGACUGAUUGUGAAAGAGAUGGAAAAUAUAAACAACAAUCCUAUAAUUUAUGGAGAAUAACCUCGAUUUCACUAUAAUCCUUCAGACGCAAAGAAAUGUUCUUAGGAUUUCAAUAGAAGACAGUGGAGGUAGAAUUAAAGAGUACAUAGAGACUUAAGGUAGAUGUUGACUAUCUUUUAGCAGAGACCUGCUUCUCCAAAGUAAUUGAACAAAACUUUGUCAUCAGAAUUGGACCUAUAAAAAUAACUAACAUUUUCUGCUUAGAAAUUUUUACUAAUUUUAUGUUUUAAAUAAAAUGCUCUCCAAAGAAAUGCCUAUAAGAACCUAAGACAUUCUAGGAAGCAGUUGUUGAAAAUGGAAAACAGCAUUGGUCUGGGAGUAAGGAAACCUUGGUUCUAAUUCUGACUACUGUAACUACCGGUGUGACCAUGAGUGAAUCAUUUUUACCUGUUUCAUUGUCUGUAAAAUGAUGAAAUCAAACUAGUUGAUGUCAAAAAUCCUUUUCAACUCUACUAUUUCUGAAUUCUUUUCCACAGCCCAACCUUUUUUAGUGCCAUCUUUACUUUUCUUCUUCUCUAUUGCUCUGUUGGCAGCUUCCAAAUCAAAAGGGUUUUUGUCUCUUUCAUGCAAGUGAAAUUAAUUUAUCUAUUCAUGCUCCAUAAACCAUUUGUGUAGCAUAGUCUACCUCUCAUUCACUGCAAAUACUUAUAGUUGUAGCCUUUCUAUUCCUAAAUAGAAAUAGGGAUUUCGAGGUUGGGGGGCAGAGAAAUAGAUGUAAGGAGUUAGUUGCAGGAAAGUAGUCUGGAAAUACACAGUUCAAAAUAAUCAAUCUUUGACUGGAUCCAGUAAAUUCUGUGCAAAAAAAAACCUGUAAGUAAAUGAAAAUUUUUCUCAACAGCCUUUGGAGAUUGUCAAAAUAAGUUUGGUUUCAACCGUUAUAUUUAUGGUGAUCCUAUAGCCCCCGCCUCAGUGUAACUACCACCUUGUAUGAUUAGAUUGAUUAGAUUAGAUGUUAGAUGUUUGUUUUAUGCACCUGUGUUUCUUCAUAUGAUAGAUGAUUAUGUAUACUGUGAUAUUACAUAUAUGUUAGAUCUGUUAUAUGCAUGGUUUUUAUUUUGUCCUUUUUUUCUCUCUAAAAGCAACUCUCCAAGUAAUAAAACAUAAGGGAUAAUUGUGGAGAACUAAUUAAAUAGUAUAAUUCUCCCCAGUAGGGGUUAGACCUGGAACCAGAUUCAAUAAACAAAUCAACAACAUUGUUAAGUACCUGCUUUUUGCCAGGCACUUUACUAAGCUCUGAGGAUACAAAGAAAAAAGAAAAGCAAAAUCAGGUGUAUGCUAUUUCACCAUCUUUUAAGUCCACAUGCCCAAAUGACCCCUCUAUGGUGCUUCUACCAAGCUGUAGCCUAGAAACAAGAUGAAAAGGAGGAGCAAAGAGGCUGUUCCAUCUCUUCUCAGUAGGCCUGGGACAUCAGGACUUGGCACUGGGUACACAUGACAACAUCUUCACAUUGUUCCUCAUGCUAUUGUUUUUAAACUGAAAUCCAGGAAGCUAUUUUUAAUAAUUAAUGUCAGUGAAUGAAAAUAGGACUGACUUAGAAUAAAACCUCUUCACAAUAUCUAGCACAUACCCCAAUUUCCUACUCCACAUAGAGGUGCCUAAGGCAAAGACAAGUUGUGACCCAGUGAGUUGAGGACCUCUCCAUUUUAAUCUCUUGAGGGGCAUGUAAUGAUGUUUGCCACAUAUCUGAUUGUUAAUCCUGGCUUUAUAUGUUCGUUUGCUUCUGGUUAAAUAGCAGAACUCUAGGUAUAAAGGAGGGAGUGAAAAUAGACUCAUAGAGCUUUCUUCCCUGUAUCUUUCCCCCUCCCUUCUACUCCCAUACUUUAUUUGUAUUCUUUUGGUUGGAAUUCAAAUUCUAGAUGGAAUUUGGUGGUCCUACAUCUUAUAAUGUAUUCUUGGUAGUGCUGCUUUUAACCUAUACUGUGAUCAUCUCAUAAAGAGGUAGGAUAAAGCUAUUGAUGAGAUAUCAACCUUAGAGAGGAGUGGAGAUAACUUCCUACAGACUCUUCAACCUGUGUAUACUUUGGUGUUCUGUAAUAUACUGUACAAAAAGGCAAAAUAAACUUACUCCCAUGA